CAGAAGAGGUCUCUGAACCGUUCUUCUUUUCCCGUAUUUCCUCCAUUCAUCGUCUUAUUGUUUUCGUUAUGCAUAGAUUUCUGCUAAUUCAUUGUAGCGGUGGCUAUCUGAGGCGAGCGGUGGUGCAACCGCAGAACUCCGGCCAGGGUGGUCCCAGCCCUGGCAAGCACAGCGCGCAGGCGGAGAAGCUAAGGGAGACAAGAAUUGAAGAAGAAGAAUUAACCUUUGAUUCAAUUCGUAUCAACAAGGCGGCCGGCCGGCAGCCGGGAGGAUCUUGAAGGAGGAAUAGAGGAAGAUAAAAAUGGCGGCGCCACCACCUCCUGCCAAAGCGGACGUGGACUUGGAUAGAUUGGCGCAAACGGUUACGUGUUUUUCUGAGACAAUAUACCGGGCAAAUGGCGUCUGGGAAGGGCCUGAUCCUUUGACACCCAUCAUUCCCCUAUUCCUCGUUCAGAUAAUGAUGGCUAUAUUUUUCUCCCGUAUUCUCAAUUUCGCCAUGAAGCCAUUCAACCAGCCUCCCCUCGUCGCUGAAAUCCUCAGUGGGAUGCUUUUGGGGCCUUCUGCAAUUGGAGGAAUCAACGGGUUUCGAAUCGUGUUCUUCCCGAACUACAACUUCGAGAUAAUAGAGACGAUGGCGCACUUAGCCCUCGUCCUCUACGCCUUCAUGACCGGACUCCAAACGGAUCUAAAACCAAUCCUGCGCAUCGGCUCCAAGGCCAAGACCGUCGCGCUUUCCGGCAUCAUCGUCCCCUUCCUCAUCGGCGCAUCCUUGUACUACAUCCUGUCACACGACGACGAACGCGGGAAGAUGCCCGGCAUCAUAUUCUACGGCGGCGCACUUACCGUCACGGGCUUCUCAAAUCUCGCCAAAAUCCUCGACAUGCAGAGACUUCUCCAGACCGAGGCGGGGAAAGUGGCUCUGUCUUCGGCCACAAUCCACGACUUGUCGUCGUGGGUUUUUCUGGCGCUGGGAUUGGCGGCCUCAGGGGGCGCUAUGCACUGGGCGAUAGUAUGCACUGCUCUCUACAUUUUGUUCACCGUCUCUUAUUUACGCCGGUUUCUGGCAUGGAUCAUACGGAAGACGCCGGAAGGACAGGGGUAUAGUGAGUUCUACAUAUGUUCCAUGGUGAUCGCGAUGAUGUUCUGUGGGGUUAUUUCGGAUGCGAUGGGGACACAUCCGAUGAUUGGGGCGUUUCUCUUUGGGCUCAUAAUGCCGUCGCAGGCUGUCGAGGCGGCGAUUCUGGAUAAGCUUGAGGACUUUGUGAUGGGAGUUUUCAUGCCGGUUUUCUUCGUGGUUUGUGGGCUUAGAACAAAUAUUGGUGUUAUCGCCACCGAUACCAGUUUCUCUCUCGUUAUCUUGACGAUAAUCUUUGCCUUUUUAGCCAAGAUUAUUAGCGCUCUUGCGGCGACUUGCUUCUCUGGCUUGUCAGCUAGAGAGGCAAUCGCGGUGGGAAUACUGACCAACACCAAAAGCACUAUGGCCAUGAUUCUUCUUGAAGUGGGUCAAGUACGCCAGGUUUUGACCACUCAAAUCUACUCUAUAAUGGUGGUUGCGGUUCUGGUAAUGACGAUGGCGGUCACGCCCUUGACCAACAGGUAUCGUCCCCCUGAGAACAUAUCGCCGUACAAACGGAGGACGAUAGAGAUGAAGGGGAAACCAAACGAGGAGGAGCUACGAGUCCUAGGAUGUAUUUACGGAAUCAACGAUGUUCCUCCCAUGAUCAAACUCCUGGAAUCCUCAAAAUCCACGAGGGAGUUUCCGAUGAGCGUGUUCGGGCUGCAGCUGGUGGAGCUGGUCGGCCGUGCUCCGCCGAUGCUGGUGGUGCACAGCUCCGCUAGGCGAGGGCCGUCGAGGAACCUCAGCCACGAAGGGGUCCAGACCAGCCAAAUCAUCAGCGCGUUCGACAACUACGAGCUCCGGUCCCAUGGAGUCACCACUCAAGUUCUGACAGCGAGGACCUCGUUCUCAACCAUGGCGGAAGAUAUCUGUAACGUCGCCCGGGAAAAACGCACUUCCUUCGUUAUCCUCCCGUUCCACAAGCAGCCCACCAUGGACGGCGACAUGGAAGAGGUAAACCCGGCUAUCCAGAGCGUAAACGAAGCGGUGCUGGUUAACGCUCCUUGCUCCGUCGGAAUCCUCAUCGACCGUGGCCAUUGUCACGCUAAUGAAUGCGCUCGGAACAUCGUCAUGAUGUAUUUCGGCGGCCCGGAUGACAGAGAAGCCUUGUCGUUAGCGUGGAGAAUGAUUGAAAAUGAAUCAGACGCCGACAUCGACGCCGUCGGUGGUAGCGUGCAGUUGACCGUGGUAAGAUUCAUUCCGGGGGAAGAUACGUCGUACAAUGACCCUAUGGGAUUCGCAAAUUAUAGCAAAAGCUUCGUGAGUAUAAGCAUCGACCCCGACAAAGACAGAGAGCUGGAUCAACAACUCCUCAACGAUUUCAAAUCCUCAACCGCAAACGACAACUCCGUAACUUACGCGGAACUGGUCCUGAACAAUGAAGAAGAAACUACCAAUGCUAUCAAAGCAAUGGAGACUCGGAACUAUGAUCUCUACGUCGUGGGGAGGGGCCGGGGAGUGGUGUCGCCGCUCACGGCCGGUCUAGCGGACUGGUGUGAUUGCCCGGAGCUGGGGCCGAUAGGAGAUCUUCUUGUCACGUCGGAGUUUGAAUCGGCGUUUUCAGUACUGGUGGUACAACAGUACAUGAAAUCUUCCCGGGCCGGCGUGGAAGACUCGGAGGGUUCUUCCGGAAGAAUGAGCCAAAUGAUGGAGAAUAAAGUGGAGGAGAUCCCGCUGCGGACGUCGAUAUCGGAUACUGAAUCGGUCUUCCAAUCAUUUCCGAGUUUUAACGGGAAUAAGGAGCACGUAUAAUCUCAGCUUUAAUAUACUAAAAGCUCUGCUCUCAAGUUAAGUAGGAAGACUAAAAUUGUUAUUCAUUCCUCAAUCUCAUGUAAAUCUCAAUCCAAUCUUCAUAUUUCCAGAUAAGUUAGGUCAAAAUCUCAGAGUUAAUAAACAUUAACAAUUUUUAUGCAAAA